AUGCUCGCCUCAAUUCUAUCCGCCCUCGUCCUCGCGGCGACGGCCGCCGCCCACAUCGUCAUCUCCUACCCAGGCUGGCGAGGGAACAAUCUCAUCACCAAUGAGACAUUCCCCUACGGCAUGCAAACCGCACAUACUGGCCCACGACCGGCGGGCGCCGUCGCCUUUCAGCCCGGCUGGUUCCAAGGCCAUCUCACGGCCACCAUCCACAUUAACAUGGGCUUCGGCACCGGCGGCCCCGACGGCGGUCCCCUCAACAUGUCCAACACCAUGGGCGUCCCCUUCCAGAUCCUCGGACCCAGCAAGAACCCCUACCCCGGCACCGUCUGCCUUCCCCAGCUGCCCAUGCCCAACAAUGUCACCGUCAAGGCCGGCGACAACGCCACCAUUCAGAUUGUGGAGCACGCCAUGCACGGCGCGGCUCUGUACUCGUGCGUCGACAUUACCUUUGGCGAGCCCGGCGACGAGCGCAUCGCCGAGAUCAACUCGACGAACUGCUUCAACUCGACCGACAUUGGCGCCGCCGACAUCUACACCAUCACGACGCGCGCAUCCGGCAGCAACACAGUCGUCAAGUCCGGCGCCGAGGUCGUCCUCCGUAGCAAGCGCGCUGCUCGGCUGGGGACGCCACACGUGCGGAGGUUGGGAAAUCCGUUCUUUUCAUCGUAG